AGGAAAUUUCGGCAGCGGAAGCCAUUUUCGCAUCGGUUGGCGUUUGCACUGCACCCUGCCGGCGGCGGCCGCGACACCACACGAUGCAGCCCUUCUCGCGGCACACCAGCUUCUUCGCGUCCCUCAAGCAGGUGGAAGACCGGUUGGCGGCGGAGGAGCAGCGGCCGGCGCCCCGACAGCCCGUCGCGCCGCCGCUUUUCUCGGACACCAUGACCGCAUCCCCGCUCUUCCUCGGCGCGUCGACGGCCACGGCCACCGACCGCGGCGGCGGCGCCGGCGAGAGCAGUGGCCCGGCGCUGGACUUCCUCACCCUCUCCAAAGAUGAGGUGCGCGUGCAGGAGCCCCAACAAGACUCCGACUCCGACGACGACGGCGAUAGCGGGGCGGACAUAGCGCGGCUGAUGGCGCUUAUCGGCCUGUCGCCGCCGCCAUGGUUCGGCGACGACGGAGGCGACAGCGGCGGGUGCGACUGCAGCGGCGGCGACGGGUUCAUGGCGAAGGUCGUCGGAGUGGUCGGGCCCAAGUGCGAAAAGGAGAAGAGGAGGGUGGACGGCUGGAUCCAGCAUUACUACGGCGACGGCGGUGGCGGUGAGUGCAGGGAGCCCGCGAGGCUGGCGCAUCUGUUGGUCGCCAAGGCCUCGUGGUCCUGGGAUGGAGAAGGUCCCGAGGAUAGAGCAGCCAUUGCAUUCCCUUCCGCGGUGAAGGAGUUCUUGGACCGUGACGCGCCGCCGCGGUUGACGGAGGAGGGGGAGCAUAGGGAGACAGAGUGAUGAUUGGACAGAGGUCCUCUCUGUAGUGUGUUCGCCAAAGCAUACUUCAAAGUUCAGAGAACACAGUGAUGAUGGAUGUGCAAACUGAAUGUUUGUAUUCUGAAAUUGUCUAACGCAAUGUGUUCCUGCCAGAGAAGAACACAUGGACAACCUGUCCAAAAUUUUACAUCUAUUUACCAGAGUUUUCAGGGAUUUUCACCUGCAUUUUGCUCCAGUGCCACAUGUGUUGGCUUCAUGCUAGGUUGUAAUCUGUGGUGGGCGCAUGUGCCAAUGGUAAGCAACAAGAUAUGCAAAAACAUGUGAUGUUUUCA